AUGAUGUCCCAGAGUGGUGCUCCGAUUUUAGUGUUGAAUGCCAACACAAAAAGGAAGUUUGGACAUAAAGUUCAAUUGGAAAAUAUCGCCGCAGGUAAAGCAAUUGCUGACGUUGUACGUACAUGUAUUGGACCCAGAGCUAUGCUUAAAAUGUUGAUGGAUCCAAUGGGUGGUAUCGUGAUGACAAAUGAUGGAAAUGCUAUUUUAAGAGAAAUUACAGUUCAACAUCCUGCUGCUAAAUCAUUUAUUGAGAUUGCUCGCACUCAAGAUGAAGAAGUUGGGGAUGGUACAACAUCAGUUGUAGUACUCGCAGGUGAAAUUCUUGGUGUUGCAGAACAAUUUUUAGAACAAAAACUUCAUCCAACUGUUAUAAUCAGAGCCUAUCGUCAAGCUUUAGAAGACAUGUUGGACUUCUUAGACAAAGAAUAUAGUACGCCAUUAUCUUUGGAUGAUGAGCCCAAAUUAAUUGAAGUGAUUAAGUCCUGUGUUGGAACCAAGUUUAUUGGUCGCUGGUCAGAUUUGGCAUGUAGUAUUGCUUUGAAUGCUGUUAAGACAGUUAGUAUAAGAGAUGAAGGUCGUACUGAAAUUGAUAUAAAGAGGUAUGCGAAGGUUGAAAAAGUACCAGGUGGAGCUAUUGAAGAUUCCCAGGUAUUAAAUGGUAUUAUGUUGAACAAAGAUGUGACACAUCCAAAAAUGAGAAGGUUUAUAAAAAAUCCCAGAAUUGUUCUUUUGGAUUGUUCUUUGGAAUUCAAAAAAGGAGAAAGCCAAACAGAAGUCGAAAUUGUCAAAGAAACUGACUUUACACGGUUAUUGCAGAUUGAAGAAGAAUAUAUACAACAAAUAUGUUCCGAUAUUAUAGCACUAAAACCAGACUUGGUUUGUACAGAAAAGGGAGUUUCUGAUUUGGCACAGCAUUUCUUGUUGAAGGCUAACAUAUCAGUGUUAAGGCGUUUGAGAAAAUCUGACAAUAAUCGUGUUGCAAGAGCUUGUAAUGCCACUAUUGUGACACGCACAGAUGAAUUACGGGAGAGUCAUGUUGGAACUGGAGCUGGUCAAUUUGAAAUAAAAAAGAUAGGUGAUGAAUAUUUUACUUUCAUCACGGAAUGCGUUAAUCCAAAGGCUUGCACUAUUUUACUUAGGGGACCAAGCAAAGACAUACUGAAUGAAGUUGAACGGAAUUUACAAGACGCUUUGCAUGUAGCCAAAAAUAUUAUGCUAAACCCGAAAUUAGUAUCAGGCGGUGGCUCUAUAGAAAUGGCUAUAUCACAGUCAUUAGUUAAAAAAAGUGCUGAAAUAGCUGGUGUGACUCAAUGGCCAUACAAAGCUGUUGCCCAGGCAUUGGAAGUUAUUCCACGUACACUUUUGCAAAACUGUGGAGUGAGCACAAUAAGAACAAUGACAUCUUUAAGAGCCAAACAUGCAGUAAGUGGAAACGCCAGUUGGGGAAUAAAUGGUGAAACAGGUGAAAUGGCUGAUAUGAAAGACCUCAAGGUAUGGGAACCAAUUGUUGUGAAAUCUCAAGUAUACAAAACUGCGAUUGAAACUGCUAUAUUAUUGGUACGCAUUGAUGAUAUUGUGUCUGGUACAAAGAAGAGGGGUGAUGAUGGACAACCAAAAACAUCCGCGCAACCUACUGAAGAGUCCAUGAAAGAAUAA